AUGGCAAAAAGAAGGAAUCCGUACAAAGGGAGUUCAGGGCGACAGAAGACAUUGGUCAAGAAAGCUCACAAACUGGGCCAACUUCCUGGGUUCGAAGUAGCGCUGUUCAUUCGUCGGCGAGGCCGAGUCACUGCAUACCGUUCAAUCGAUGACGAGUCUUGGUGGCCAGUGAAGGCAGAUAUUGAUUUCGCAUACCCGCCGCCGACGAAUCUUCUGCCGCAUCACUUCGAGAACGAGAGCAGCGAGCAGGUCAAUGAGACUGCUACCGAGUAA